CUUCUCAUCUUCAUCACGGAAUCAAUAAUCACAGUGAAUUUUUUCUUUGCUUUCUCGUAAGUACAGUUUGUGAGAGAAUUUCAAUUAGCAUGGCUGGUAAAGGUGAAGGUCCGGCGAUCGGAAUCGAUCUCGGAACGACGUACUCCUGCGUCGGCGUUUGGCAGCAUGAUCGUGUUGAAAUCAUAGCUAACGAUCAGGGUAACAGGACUACUCCGUCCUAUGUCGCUUUCACAGAUACUGAGCGGUUGAUCGGAGAUGCCGCCAAGAACCAGGUCGCUAUGAACCCUACCAACACUGUUUUCGAUGCUAAGCGUUUGAUUGGAAGGAGGUUCAGCGAUACUUCAGUGCAGGGUGACAUGAAAUUGUGGCCAUUCAAGGUGAUUCCAGGCCCUGCUGACAAGCCAAUGAUUGGGGUGAAUUACAAAGGAGAGGAGAAGCAGUUUUCUGCAGAGGAGAUAUCUUCAAUGGUUCUCAUGAAGAUGAAGGAGAUUGCGGAGGCGUAUCUUGGUACAACGAUUAAGAACGCGGUGGUUACUGUGCCGGCUUACUUCAACGACUCUCAGAGGCAAGCUACCAAGGAUGCUGGUGUGAUUUCUGGGCUCAAUGUGAUGCGAAUCAUCAACGAGCCUACCGCGGCGGCGAUUGCGUAUGGGCUUGAUAAGAAAGCCACCAGCACCGGGGAGAAGAAUGUUCUGAUUUUCGAUCUCGGUGGUGGGACUUUUGAUGUUUCGCUUCUCACCAUUGAGGAAGGUAUCUUUGAGGUGAAAUCCACUGCUGGUGAUACUCAUUUAGGGGGUGAGGAUUUUGAUAACAGAAUGGUGAACCAUUUUGUUCAGGAGUUUAAGAGGAAGAACAAGAAGGAUAUUAGUGGAAAUGCCAGGGCUCUUAGGAGGUUGAGAACAGCUUGUGAGAGGGCCAAGAGGACUCUGUCAUCCACUGCUCAAACCACCAUUGAGAUUGAUUCGUUGUAUGAAGGAAUUGACUUUUACACCACCAUUACUCGUGCUAGAUUUGAAGAGCUGAACAUGGAUUUGUUCAGGAAGUGUAUGGAGCCUGUGGAGAAGUGUUUGAGGGAUGCAAAGAUGGACAAGAGUACAAUCCAUGAUGUUGUUCUUGUUGGUGGGUCAACAAGGAUUCCCAAGGUUCAGCAGUUGUUGCAGGACUUUUUCAAUGGGAAGGAGCUUUGCAAGAGCAUUAACCCGGAUGAGGCUGUUGCUUAUGGUGCUGCAGUUCAGGCUGCGAUUUUGAGCGGUGAGGGCAAUGAGAAAGUGCAGGAUCUUCUCUUGCUUGAUGUCACUCCACUUUCACUUGGAUUGGAAACUGCUGGAGGGGUCAUGACUGUGUUGAUUCCCAGAAACACAACUAUUCCCACCAAGAAGGAGCAAGUUUUUUCAACCUACUCUGAUAACCAACCUGGUGUUUUGAUUCAGGUCUAUGAAGGUGAACGAACAAGGACUCGUGAUAACAAUUUGCUUGGUAAAUUUGAGCUCUCUGGAAUCCCUCCAGCUCCAAGGGGUGUUCCACAAAUCACUGUCUGCUUCGACAUCGACGCGAAUGGUAUCUUGAAUGUGUCCGCGGAGGACAAAACAACUGGACAGAAGAACAAGAUCACAAUUACAAACGACAAGGGGAGGCUUUCGAAGGAGGAGAUUGAGAAGAUGGUGCAGGAAGCUGAGAAGUACAAGUCCGAGGACGAGGAGCACAAGAAGAAAGUGGAGGCUAAGAAUGCUCUGGAGAAUUAUGCCUACAACAUGAGGAACACGAUCAAGGAUGAUAAGAUUGCUUCCAAGUUGUCAGCGGAUGAUAAGAAGAAGAUUGAGGAUGCGAUUGACCAGGCUAUCCAAUGGCUCGAUGGGAACCAACUUGCUGAGGCUGAUGAAUUUGAGGACAAGAUGAAGGAGUUGGAGACCAUUUGCAAUCCCAUCAUUGCUAAGAUGUACCAAGGUGCAGGUGCUGAUGUGGGUGGUGGAGCCAUGGAUGAGGAUGGUCCUCCUGCUGGCAGUGGAAGUGGUGCUGGACCCAAGAUUGAGGAAGUCGAUUAAGCAGAACAUUUCAGCGAUGGGGGGCUCUAGAUUUUGGAAGGUUCUUUUGGUUUGGGAGAAUUACAUCUUAUGUAUCUAUGCUUAGCGUAACUUUUCUUCGUUUUUUUCUUCUUCUAUGUAAUUUGGUUUUCCAUGAUUUCAUCUUAAUGGAAACUGUUUUUGUUUGCGCA